AGCGGGUAAAGUAUGGAAGGUUACCUGAGCGCUUCAAAUGUGACUAACUCAUCGACAGCACCCUACCAUCCUGCACUGGGACCCUGGAGCCUGGUCAUACUGGUCCCCAUCAUACUGACCAUAGUGGUAGGAAACCUGUUGGUCAUCAUAGCUGUAACGCGAACUUCACUGCUACAAACAACAACAAACAUUUUUAUUAUGUCGCUGGCGUGCGCUGACCUCAUCAUGGGGGUCCUGGUCGUGCCUCUUGGGGCCACUAUAGUCAUGACGGGAAACUGGCAGCUCAGUGAAACAUGCUGCGAUAUUUGGACUUCUGUGGACGUCCUGUGUGUGACGGCAAGCAUUGAGACUCUUUGCGUCAUAGCUGUGGAUCGGUAUAUAGCCAUUACAAGACCACUCCGAUACAAGGUCCUUCUUAACAAGCGACGUUCAAGAGUAAUAGUUUGUUUAGUUUGGGUUGUGUCCGCUUUAAUUUCCUUUGUACCAAUUAUGAAAGGGUAUUGGCGUGAAGAUGACGAUGAAGCAGCAAAGACUUGCUAUGAUAACCCUAAAUGCUGUGACUUUGUGACCAACAGGGCCUUUGCAAUAAUAUCCUCGACUGUGUCGUUCUACAUUCCUCUGCUCAUAAUGAUAUUUGUGUAUGCUAGAGUCUUUUUAAUCGCCACACGGCAGGUUCAACUCAUAGAUAAGAAUCGAAUGCGUUUCCAACACGAGUGUCUGACAGCAAAGAUACAAAGUUCCCCCAACAUCAACAACAUCCUGCCGUCGGCAUGCAUAGGAUCCAAUAACUGCAACAAUAUAGAGCGGAGAAAGGGCUCCAAGCGGAGAUCGUCGCGGGUCAUGGUUGUGAAAGAGCACAAGGCCCUCAAGACUUUGGGCAUCAUCAUGGGGACCUUCACUGUGUGCUGGCUUCCUUUUUUUGUGGCCAACAUCAUCAACGCAUUUGAUAAAAGAGUCCCCUCAGAUAGGAUCUUCAGACUGUUAAACUGGCUGGGGUACAUCAACUCCGGCCUCAAUCCCAUCAUCUACUGCAGGAGUCCAGAGUUCCGUACGGCGUUCAAGAACCUGCUGGGCUGUCCGUGGCUGCCUGCCCUGCAGUUGAACACUUUCUACAAAGAGCUGCAGACUCGCUGCUCCUGCUUCCUGUGGCAGGCUGAUUCAGGCAGAGCCAGCUCCUUUCAGAAAACUGCUAGUAUGAUGGAGGGCAACGAGAGCCUGACCAGCACUCAGGGAAGCAGCAAAAGUGAGGAGGUUUCAUCUGGACCUCUGCAGUCCAACGGCAGCGCACAGUUCAGUGACUCUUCAGAACCAGAAACCACAUUCUUCACAUUGCAGGAGAAAGACGGAUGAACUGUAAAAUGUCAACCUACUGAAAGAAGUAUCAUCAUCCAGAUGUAACGAUGAUACCUGCAAAAGCUGGGGCCAAACAGUACCGACUAGUGAGAGUACCACCACCACCACGCCUGAAAAACGAAGUCAUGUGAGGAUAGCAGAGGAGAUGCAACUGGGCUGAAAACAGCUGAUUUAGUCAGUGCGACCAAUGCGACCUGAACUUUGGAUGAGAGAUAAUUGCUGCAACACGCUCCUGUCAGAAGUCAGGUGACACCUGACCAGUGUCCUCAAAGAACUGUUUGUAGACUCAACAUUCACAAAUAGGAUAAUACUUAAAUGGAGGUUUGAAGAGCAUUCCAGCAAAACUUUGGACACAGUGUACGUGGCCUUAAGUUUGAAACUGACUUUUAAUGCCUGGUAAGUUAUCUAUUUAUGACACAUGUUAAUUCUGUAGCAAAAUACAAACAUUGCCUAACUUAUACACGGCUGUCUUCAUUGUUUAGAGAAGAAACAAAAAUGUACAUGGCAAAGAGUCUUCAGUUGAUGUCCUAGAAUCUCUUUUUCUGGACCUGGGACUUGCUUACUUAAAAUCCUCUGGCCUAUUCUCUCAUACCAUGACCAAAGAAGUGUUUAUUUCUUUUUGAAUGUCUGUUCAGGAAACCUCAACAAAAUCCCUACCAAUAAUUAUACAGUCCCUCCAGGAAAUUGUUAGUUUGAGAUCACACAAAUUCAACCAAACUUGCACCUUUUUGUGACAAACAUCUUCGCCAACCCCUGCAGCUUUUUGCGAGCUGGAUCAAUACUCCCAUUUCUACCAAAGGUGUGGCAUGUAUGUCAUCAAAUAAACUUCUCUAAAUUGUUAAA